AUGCUUUGGUUUAUAGCAAUAUUUAUUGCUGCCGCCUUGUGCGCGCCACUCGACAAUCCAUUUCUACAGCCAAGGGGGACCGCGCAGUCUUUAUUGGAGAUUGGCAAAAUAUGUGAUAAGGAUAACCUUUGCACCAAGGCGUAA